UAUAUCUACAUUUAUAUAUGGACAACUCACCCCAAUGAACUGCCCGGCUUCGUUUACCUUGCUCUCCCUCGUUAACGUCUUAGGACUUAGGGUUCGGGAGGGCUAUCUGAAUUUUAGACCCAGGUGCUAAACCUAAACGCAGGUACAAAGGAGAUAAUUUUUUUGCUAAAAAAUGUCUGAAGAGCGAGCAGUACACCCUGAUUGUCGAAAUGCCAGCAAUCCUUUCCAUGAGUGCAGUGAUUAUUGCUUUAAAGUCAUAGCUGAAGCCAAAACUAAGAUGCAACUGAAGGAACCAGAAGUUAUGCUAGCCAGUGGCGAUAGCAAGCUCGAUCCCCCAGGUGACUCAUACCCUGGGGAGGAUAUAGAUGAUGAAAAACCCUAUCUUGAUGAAGAGCAGUCUGAUAGUGAACAUGAAAAUCCUGCAGCAGAAAACGCAAAACUUUCCAAGAGACAGAAAAAGUGGAUGGAGUUGAGGAACAAGAUGCAAGAAGCAAAAAAGCGCAAUCAAGUUGAAAUUGCUGCUGAAAGAAAGAGGAUGGAAGCUCCGGCUGAAUCUAGGGGUAUUUCAAAACAGAAGUGGCUUGAGGAGAGGAAGAAACAAAUUGGGAAACUCCUAGAUGCAAAUGGCCUGGAUAUGACUAAAGCAUAUAUGCUUGACACGCAAGAGGCAGCAGAAGAGAAAUACAAGAAAUGGGAGAAGGAUCCUGCACCAUUUGGCUGGGAUGUUUUUAACCAGAAGACACUGUACAAUGCAUACAAGAAGCGAACCAAGAAUAUUGAGGUGGAUUUAGAAGAAUAUAAGAAAAUGAAAGAAGCUGAUCCAGAGUUCUACCGUGAUGCUUCAAGUCUGCAAUAUGGAAAGGUACCAAAGAUCUCACAGGACAAGAUUGACCGGAUGGUACAGGAACUGAAGGACAGGGAAGAGAAACUCAACUCAUUUAGCAGGAGAAGAAAGUUUCAUGAAGAGAAGGAUAUUGACUCGAUUAAUGAUCGGAAUGAGCAUUUCAACAAGAAGAUUGAACGAGCAUUUGGGAAAUACACGUUGGAGAUCAAAAAUAAUCUGGAACGAGGAACUGCGCUGCCUGACUAAGGCUUCUGCUUGUGUAAUGCUUUUUGUUGCACCUUGUAUAAGUCAAAAGCUCACGCCGGGAGGGAAGGUUGUAAAAAUUUUUACCAUACAAUGCAAAUAAUGAUUAUAAUUAUUACUCUGUUGUCGGGUGAGCCUUGUCAAGAUCGCUUUCUGGAUCAAGUCAUUUCAAGUUCAAGGGGGUGACCUUUGUGACCAGACAUUUUUAUGGCUUUUUUAAUUCAUGUAAUGUGCAGUGGUUGGAGUUAUUGCUGGAGAGGUGUACGCUACAAAUAAUGUACUGUAGCUCGCUUGUUCUGCGUGUCGUUUGGAAUCUAGUUUUGUUCGGCUUC